GCUAGGCCACGGAGACUGCUUCCCUGAACCAGGUGAGCUCCAGCUCCCAGGCCAGGCCUGGGCCCCACGCAGCUAUUUAACCACCAGCCGAGCCCUCGCUCCGGAAUUCUGCUCUGCGGGUAGCUGGCGCCCCACCCCGGACCCGCUCCUCACCUGGGCAGGUGCCUCUCCUCCUCCCAGCCCACCCGCACGGCCGGUGGCCGCAGGGAUGCUGGCCCCCUCCGGCCCCGCCGCGGCCGGGCAGGUGUCCCUGUGGCACCACUACCUGGGGGCCAUCCGCUCGCGGGCGGCGCCCCGGGUGCAGGACUACCAGCGCGCGGAGAACGUGCUGCUCACGGUCCUGGAGCGCGUGCACGCGCUGGACGCGCGCUUCGUGGUGGACUACUCCCGCGACCUGGAGGCCUUCCAGUUCGCGCUGCGCUCCUCGGACGGCCCGCUGCGCGUGGAGGUGCCCCUGCGGGUGGACGCCGAGGCCCUGCUGAUUGAGGAGCCGGGGCCCGCCGAGCCGGGGGGCGGCCCCCCGACCUGCCGCCUGGGCGUCCCCCGCGGAGGGGCCGGCCUGGAGCGCUGGACCAGCGACGACGUCUUCAGCGCCUGCGCGGAGGAGGGCGCCGGGUGCCGCGGCCACAUCGAGCCCAGCAAGGUCCUGCGCGUGCUCAGGGACCUGCUGGUGGCGGCCAUCGUGCACUGCAAGCACCACAGCCUCAUCGCGCCAGGUUCGCUCAGCGCGGCCAGCCUGCGGGAGGAGCCUCUGUGCCUGACCCUGCUGGUGUCCAGCGGCUGGAGGACCGUCCGCUUCAGCCUGGUGCCCGUGGUGCGCAGGAGGCAGAGGCUGCCCGCCCUGGAGGGGGCCCAGCUCACGCCCGGCUUCCCGGCGGGCAGCGUGGCGAGGAUCAUCGGCCACGGGGUGGACCUGGUGCCGGCCAGCACCCAGCUCUGGAGGACGUCCACGGACUACCUGCUCACCAGGCUGCUGGCCGCGCUGGGCGCCCUGCAGGGCCACCGCCUGGACAGCCUCUCUGUCCUCGACCGGGUGAACCACGAGAGCUGGCGCGACGGCGGCCGCCGUGCCGGCCUGACCUUCGGCCACCUGAAGACGGUGCUGCUGUGGGCCUGCGUGCUGUUCCCGGCGCCGGAGGACUGGGCGGAGCUGCAGGGCGCUGUGUACCGCCUGCUGGUGGUGCUGCUCAGCUGCUUGGCCACCAGGAACCUGCCCCACUUCCUGCACCCCGAGCUCAACCUGCUGCAGGACGGCGGCCUGGACCUCAACGUCGUCUACGAGCGCGUGGAGGCCUUCGCCAGCCAGCCGGAGGCGUCCCUGCGCAUCCACGCCACCCACCUGGGCCGCAGCCCGCCGCCGCGCAUCGGGGGCGGGGUCAAGGCGCUCCUGCAGCUGCCGGCCAGCGACCCCGCCUACUGGGCCACCGCCUACUUUGACGUCCUGCUGGACAAGUUCCAGGUCUUCAACAUCCAGGACAAGGACCGGAUCUCGGCCAUGCAGAGCAUCUUCCGGAAGACCAAGACCCUGGGUGGCGAGGAGAGCUGAGCCGGCGCCCACAGCCUCUCUGCGCUGCCCCGGGGGAGACGUGGAAGGAACGUUCGCAGGAGGGACGGGCUUCUCCAUGAGGUGGGCGGGGGAGGGGCGUUGUCCCCAGGGCCACCCCCAGACUGCCCCAGGGGGGCGGGGACGGCCUCUGAGAACCGGAAAACUCCUGCAGACGUCCGGGGCCUCCUUGCCAGGUGAGGCCCGGGUGAGGGUGCAAGGCCUUCACCAGACGCUUGUCGGCCUCUCGUGCGAUGGGGUCAAGAAAACCGUGUUUCCGCCCGGGGGCUCGUCCUGCCCGCACCGUACAGUGACAAAA